AUGGAAGGCGACUGUAUGAAGGCCAUACUUAUCACAGCAAAUGUCGGUUCUAUAUUUGAAGAGCCGGAGACAAUGUUUCCUGAAUGGCUAAAGGCAUUCUUUCAGUGUUUGCAAACUCACAAGCCUGGACUGGUGGCAUUACAUUGCCAAGAAGUGGGUGGGAAAAAUUAUGAGGCUUCUAUGCAGCAUGUAAAUCAGUUCAUUAAGACACUGUUGGCAUCCGAAGAGCUGCACAAGUACGACAGAGCACGGAUAUUUUUAGAUGAAGACUACACGGCCUCGGACAAGUUUACUGCCCUGGGCAACAUGUAUUUUAUCCACGAAGAGGUAUCGGACGUUUUAAUAUGGGACUUUGUGG